UGGUCCAAGAGCUGAAUAUAAAACUGUAUGAAUCAAGGCAUCAUCACAUCACUACGCAUCAUGGGAAACUGCUUUAACACAUUCCGCUGCAAUCAUGGAAACAAAGUUGGAGAUGUCUGGUUGGAUGAGGCAUCAACAGAGAAGGCCAAGGAGUCACCUCGGGAGGAGGCAGCAGCUGAGCAGAAAACAGGGAGAAGGAGGUGCAUAAAGAUUACUCUGACAAGGAAGCAGCUCGAGCUGCUGCUGCUGAAAAGUGCAGAGGGGGUUUCCUUUCAGCUCCCAGAGACUUUUGGGAGCUGCAAGCCCGUUUCCUUUCAGCUCCCGGAGGCUUUUAGGAGCUGCAAGCGGAAAUGGAAGCCAUCUUUGCAGACAAUAGUAGAGCCAAAGGUACCUACUUUGACAUUAAAACCAAUCUCAAUCUCCUUCCUCACAAAUUGCAAUCAUCACAGUGUUGGCUUCAACAUCUCUCCUAUUCUCUCUCUCUCUCCCCUGGAUUCGAUCAGAAGAAAGGAAAUGGAGAUUCAAGCAAGGCUAAUGGAAUACAAAUUCCAUUUCAUGGCUGCAAUCUUUGUGUGCGUGAUUGUAUCGUCUCUCGUGUACGCAGCACCAAGGAUUCUAGACAUACUAGCUUAUUUCUGGCCUCUGUUUGCGUCAACGGCCGCCUUCUUGGCCAUGGCCAUCACUUUCGGUGGCUUUCAACAGUUUUCAGAAGAAGGCACCGGCGAGGGAAUCAUGGAUUACGUCGCCGGACGACCUGAGGAAUCUCACAAGUACGAUUGAAAGAUUGUAUCCAAAUUAUCCAUCUUUAACAACUUUACAAUGUAAAAACUGAUUUGGUGGCAUUUGUGUCCAAUAAAAUGUCCCUGCCUCGUU